CUUGUUCUCUGCCUUUUCUUGGAUUUCUGCUCUUUUAUCUCAGACUGGAUCGCUGCAGCACUAUGGUUCUUACAGAUGACGGAUGGGAGAAUAAGGGUUUGCAGGAUUUGUUUCUUCAACUUAUAAAACUCAGUUAUAGUCCACGUCUUUGUUUUUGCAACCUUGCAUAUGUCUGUAGCCUAUUGCGCACGGGAGAAGCACUUUUUAUUAAUUUCACCUCUGGCAGAGCGCAGAGUCAACUCAGAGGAUGAGAGACUCGGAACACACUGGACUGCUCCCUCUUCUCUUUUUAACCAAACAGCUCGUUUAAUUCUGAUCAGACUGGUUUAUUACAAUGACUGCCUGGCAAAAGGCAAACGGGCUUUAGGAUGAAAGUUGUGAAGCGUCUCUCUCUUCUGCUCAGCUGCUGGACUCUCAUUUACCUGCAUCCCGUCCUCGGUUCACUCAGUCGGACCAGACCGACGGAGCACCACCACCACCGGCUUGGCGAGGCAGCGGAGCGCCCGGCAGGCGGCGGGGAAGGAGAGCAAGCCCGUGGAAGAACCGGCAGAGUAAUCGGUGGGGCUUCACCAGCCGCGGGAAGGCAACCGGCGACUGCUUCUGGGACGUGGAAACCGUCGCCGGUGAGUCCAGCGAGGAUUACGCGGAUCCGCGCAGGCCCUCCGUUAAUCAAGGGCGAGACGACAGUUAUUAAAAGCAAACUUACAGUAGCGACUUCUGCGUCUGCAUCCUCGCCACCGCGCAGCGCGGUCGUACCGGUGAACCGUGCGCAGCAGCAGCAGCGGGACAGAGCAGUCAGCAUAGGGCGCAAAGAGGCUGUGCGCUCCUGGCUGCCCGGCGGGGACUCUCACUUUAAAGCGCACGCUCCCGUGGCUCUUAGCGCAUAUGCAGCAGGGAAAGAAGCUGGGACUGCGGCUGUUGGUGGUGGAGGGGGUGGCUCACCGGGGAAAAAAAUGGGGAAUGCUGCUUCCAGAGCGGGUGCAGCUGCUCCAGCGCGCACCGGGCCUCCACAAAGAGCCAUCCGUGCGCAAAAGCAGCAGCAGCUGCAGCAGAACGCAGGUUCGGUGGCGCAGCGGGGAGCCAGCAGCAAGACUCAGAAACUGAGCGACCGAGAAGCGCACCACAAACAGCCGCUGGUGAUUCCUCACGACUACAUGCUGUCGCUUUACUGGUCUCUCUCCACCGGGGACCUGAACAGCAGCGCGCUGCAUGAAGCGGGUCUGGCCAACACCAUCACCAGCUUCGUGGAUAAAGGACAAGAUGAGCGUGGGCCCCAGCUGAGACGGCAGAAGUAUCACUUCAACGUCAGCUCUCUGGAACGAGACGGGCUCCUGGGGGCCGAACUACGCAUCCUGAGGAAGCGCCUGUCUGACCCCCGCAGGCCCUCAAUGGGAUCCACAGCCGCUGACGGAGGGGGUGGAGGAAUCUCGUCCCCGUGCCUGAAGCUGUACACCUGCGCUUCAGGUAAACAACAAGCUGUUGUGCUCCAGACGAAGACCAUGGAGGAUCUACUUGGCGGCGGCGGAUUCGGCAGCAAAUGGGAAGUGUUUGACACAUGGAAAGUCUUCAAGGGCUUCAAACACCAGCAGAACCAGCCCUCCCAGCAGCUGUGCUUUGAACUGGAGGCCCUGGAGCACAGAGGCGGUCGCCCCAUGGACCUGCGCACUCUCGGGUUUGCCCGACCUGGAAGGACCAACAAGGAAAAGGCCUUCUUCCUGGCAUUUGGCAAAAGCAAGAAGCGCGACCUUUUCUACAACGAGAUCAAAGCGAGGUCAGGCCAUGACAACAAAACCGUCUAUGAAUACCUGUUCACCCAGCGGCGAAUGCGCCGAGCUCCUGCUGCAAGGGGGGCUAAAAAACCACUGCAGCAGCAUCCCCCGCCACAGACCCUCCCCCAACAUCAAGUGGUGAAGACGCAGGCGAGGCCGCGGUGUAACCAGAGACGACUCCAUGUGAACUUCAAAGAGAUGGGCUGGGACGACUGGAUCAUCGCGCCACUGGAGUACGAGGCCUUUCACUGCGACGGCGUCUGUGACUUCCCCAUCCGCUCGCACCUCGAGCCAACCAACCAUGCCAUCAUUCAGACCCUGAUGAACUCCAUGGACCCGGAGUCGACUCCGCCCACCUGCUGCGUGCCGACACGACUCAGCCCAAUCAGCAUACUUUACAUCGACUCGGCCAACAACGUUGUCUACAAGCAGUAUGAGGACAUGGUGGUGGAGUCGUGUGGCUGCAGGUAGCAAAGAAAGGUGGGACAAAGAGCGAGAACGGCUUCACUGUGAGGGAAGAUAGAGAUGUUUGAUCAAAGCUAAAGUGGGAAGAUCAACACUGAGAAAACUGCUCUGAUUUCAGCUGACUGUGACUGAACUCCCUGCUAUGCAACAGACAUAACUCUUCACACUCAAGUGAACUAUCAGACUGCAUACCAAAGACUGUUCACACUGCUGAAGACUAAACAGAGAAAGAUAAACUAAUGGAGGUGAUGCUCUUUAACACCCACUCACUGUGUGUAAUGUUGAUGGCGAUGAGCGAGAUGCAUCUGAGAGAAGCCAAAAACCACCAGAGAUACUUCAGGAUUAAAGUUCUGCUCUCAUAUUAGGCUCAAACUGAUUUUACUUCUUUUAUUUUCUCUCUUCAGAUUUGUAUCUAUGUUCUGAUGGUGUAAAAAGUCUGCGUGUAACAGAAAUGCUCUUGAAACAUGAGUGAAUUAUACUGCAAAAUGCCCUUUCAAGCACUUAUUUGCCAUUGUGCCCGUUCAGAUGAAUAAUGAGGAGUCAUUUGUGUUCCUUAUCCGAGACUUUUUUAUGAAGCAUGUAAAGAAUUUCUGAUGUAUAAAUACAGGCCAGUGAUGAAGUGCUAAUCUGACCUGCUCCAAAUGUGGGAAAGUUGCAUA